AGGAGUCCCUAGAGGCCAGGGCGUGGGAGCGGGUCCUGAAGCGGCUUCGUCCUACUGCCCGCCGCCUGCCCACGCGGGACCCGGAGCCCAGCGGCGCGGCGGUCCCUGGGCCUGAGGAGAGGCGUUCUCUGUGGCCGAGUCCUGGGCCUGGGGGACCGGGCGGUGCGGGAGAGGCGCCUGGGCCUAGCCCAGCCCCAGCGCCUGUCACCCGGCGGCCGGUGCCCGCGGCUGCAAGCCUCGCCGCGCCCGCCCAGCCUGGGGCGGGCCCAGCCUCACCGCCCGGCCCGCCCCGCCCCAAGGGCCAGCCCCGCGCCGGGUGUUUCCGCUCCUCUCCCUGCGGCGGGAUAACCGCCUCGCACCUCCCGGGCGCGGUUCCCUGGCUCCGGCCGCGGGGGGAGCAUGGAGUUUGCGGAGCUGAUUAAGACCCCGCGGGUGGACAAUGUGGUGCUGCACCGGCCUUUCUACCCGGCUGUCGAGGGCACCCUGUGCCUGACGGGCCACCACUUGAUCCUGUCCUCCCGGCAGGACAACACGGAGGAGCUGUGGCUCCUUCAUUCAAACAUCGACGCCAUCGACAAGCGAUUUGUGGGAUCACUGGGUACCAUCAUCAUAAAAUGUAAAGAUUUUCGAAUUAUUCAGUUGGAUAUUCCUGGAAUGGAGGAAUGCUUGAAUAUAGCCAGUUCCAUUGAGGCAUUGUCUACCCUGGACUCCAUCACUCUGAUGUACCCUUUCUUUUACCGUCCUAUGUUUGAAGUGAUAGAAGAUGGCUGGCAUUCCUUCCUUCCUGAGCAAGAAUUUGAACUCUAUUCCUCAGCUACCAGUGAAUGGAGGCUCAGCUAUGUCAAUAAGGAUUUUGCUGUCUGUGCCUCUUACCCGCCAAUUGUCACGGUGCCCAAAUCCAUCGAUGAUGAAGCUCUUCGGAAGGUAGCUACAUUUCGGCAUGGAGGGCGCUUCCCAGUACUAAGCUAUUAUCACAAAAAAAAUGGGAUGGUAAUUAUGCGAAGUGGUCAGCCACUCACUGGCACAAAUGGGAGGAGGUGCAAGGAAGAUGAGAAGCUGAUCAAUGCUACCCUCAGGGCGGGAAAGCGUGGCUACAUCAUUGACACCCGAUCCCUGAACGUGGCUCAGCAAGCUAGAGCCAAAGGAGGUGGUUUCGAACAAGAAGCUCAUUAUCCCCAGUGGAGGCGAAUUCAUAAGUCCAUUGAGAGGUAUCACAUUCUUCAGGAGAGCUUAAUCAAACUUGUGGAAGCUUGUAAUGACCAAACACAUAACAUGGACCGAUGGCUCAGUAAAUUGGAGGCCUCUAACUGGCUGACUCACAUCAAAGAGAUUCUGACAGCUGCCUGCCUCGCGGCUCAGUGCAUCGACAGGGAAGGAGCAUCAAUACUGAUUCAUGGAACAGAAGGAACUGAUUCCACACUCCAGGUGACCUCCCUGGCCCAGAUCAUCUUGGAGCCAAGAAGCAGGACCAUCCGUGGUUUUGAGGCCCUGAUUGAAAGAGAGUGGCUGCAGGCUGGUCACCCGUUCCAGCAGCGCUGUGCACAGUCAGCCUACUGUAACACCAAGCAGAAGUGGGAGGCUCCUGUGUUUCUUCUCUUCUUGGACUGCGUGUGGCAGAUCCUUCGUCAGUUUCCCUGUUCUUUUGAAUUUAAUGAGAAUUUCCUCAUCAUGCUCUUUGAGCAUGCUUAUGCUUCACAGUUUGGAACAUUUCUGGGCAACAAUGAAAGUGAAAGGUGUAAGUUGAAGCUACAGCAGAAGACAAUGUCGUUGUGGUCCUGGGUCAAUCAGCCCGGGGAGCUGAGUCAAUUCACCAACCCCCUCUUCGAAGCCAACAACCUUGUCAUCUGGCCUUCAGUUGCUCCGCAGAGUCUCCCACUGUGGGAAGGCAUUUUCCUGCGUUGGAAUAGGUCCUCUAAGUAUUUGGAUGAAGCAUAUGAAGAAAUGGUUAACAUCAUUGAAUAUAAUAAGGAAUUACAAGCAAAAGUCAAUAUCCUUAGAAGGCAGUUGGCAGAACUGGAAACAGAGGACGGGAUGCAAGAGAGUCCCUGAAAGGUCUCCUCGCACCGUUUGCAAGGACCUUCCUGGGCCUGUGUCUGCCGUUCUCUCCUUGUGCCCUUCAGUUCACUUUUACACAGUAGCCUUGAAGUGAAGGCUUUAGACGUGGGACCCCUCUAAUGUAAUGGAUUUCUCAAUACUGUAUGAAUAAUGAAAGUUACUAUCAUAACUCACGUUUCAUGUGGCCUGUUAGGCCCUGUCACUUUGGGAGCCGGGAGGAGGUGCUAGUCAUUUUAUUUUUAUGUGAAAUAGAUGACCUAUUUAAUGCCGUUUGUGUUUCAUGCCAUUUUAUCCAAAGCUUUUCCUCUGUGUCCACUCUCCAAACAGCAUUCCACAGCAGUCAAGGAGACAAGUAAUCUCUCUAGGGACUAUUUGGUGGUUUAAAAAAAAAAGGUCAGACUUUUAAACACUCUUACCAUAGAAAUGUUUUUCAAAAUGGCAGCAAUUGAUAAACCAAGGAUUUUGUGUUGAACAAGCCAUUUCCAGUGUCUUUCACAUAAAAUAGCCAUUUGCUUUAAAAUAGUUUUGGACUAACAAAGCUGAAUCUAUCCUCAUUCUUGUUUGUCAAGAAAGGAAAAUCUGUUAUUCAAGGUAAAUUAUUUCUACAAGGGCAACAGGUAUGGUCCUCUGAUAUUUACAUUAAGAAGAGUUAAAUUUAUUUUAACGUAGACACUAAAAGUAUGUGCAAUAUAGAAUUAAAGAAGGAAUUUGUUACUGAUUGAGAACUGUUACUGUUGAAUUGGUUUUCAGGUUUGGACCAUACAUAUACAAUGUGUAUCAAAUGCUGGUUGUAAAAUUAAACCAUCAUCUAGAAUAGAGUUAAUUUGUUAUAAUCAAGGUACAAAUACGGUUUUCUUAAACCAGAGAUGCACCGCCCUUGUCUAAAGUUCUUAUUGUACUGGUUUGUAUGCGUAUGUGCGUUUUAUUGUGUGUGGUUUUUUUUUUUAAUUUGUAAGUAUUCUAAGAGUUUACUAAUACCAAGGUGAAAAUUUUCACGUUGACCUGAGCCUUUUGCAAAUUUAUUUUGGCUCUAUUGAUUUGUCCAUUAUGCGUUAGGCAAAUACAACUUAAGUGGAGGGGGAAAUUUAUGAAUAUAAGAUAGCUCUGUGUUUGAAGCCUCAGAAACAUAUUUGAGUGUUUCAGUGUUGUAGAAACAGUGAUGGCUGCAUUCACGCUCUGCUAGUCUAUGCCUGCAACUCCACAUGUUUGUGGUUCAGUAUUUCCCACCUACACUUCUGUUUGGUGACAUUGUUCAUUUUAACAAAUACGACCAAUUCUAGUUUUUCUUUAAAAGGAUAGUUUAUGAGUAAUCUUUAAAACUAUUUCCAUACCAUCUGUAUGUAACCAUUUAGAAGAGAACACACUACACUGCACUCUGCUUUAGAGCUGUGUGUUGAGCUAAAAAUAUUGUUUUUUAAAAAUCGACUGGCAAAAUCUAUGGCCACACUGAGAAGCCUUUGAAAAUGGCAAAUACUUUUCAUCACCAGUUGCCCAAGUUUCAUCUUUUUUCUGCUUCCUCAGCCUUGUAGCAAAGGCUACUCAGCAGCCCACAGUCUCUUUGGGAAAAUUUGCCUGCCGCCUUCUUUAAGCUUAGUUUAUUUUUGACUUACUUUCUUUGCUGUAGUUAUGAACCUUGGGGCUUUAAAAUCCCAUGGCAAGGAGCAUAAGAGAUGUUCUCAUAGCUCUGCGUUGUGUGGAAUGUCCAUCUUAGUUUUGUAAAAAAAAAAAAGGAAAGAAAGAAACAGCCCUCACUCUUUUGUGGUCCCUCAAAAUUGCUUGAUAUGCCUGUUAAUACAGCUGACCUUUUUGUUUUCUUCUCUUUUUGUCUCAAGAUUGUAUAUGAAGGAACCUUUUCUUCUCAGCUAACAGGUGUAUAAGGAAAACCAUCUAGAGGUUUUCUUUAGAAGUGACUCCCAUUAGCCUGGUGUGGUGGUGUGUGCCUAUAGUCCCAGCCACUAGGGAAGCUGAGGCAGAAGGAUCCCUUGAGCCUAGGAGGUUGAGGCUGAGUGAGCUAUGAUCGCAGGAGGCCACUCCAGCCUGAGCAACAGAGUGAGACCCUGUCUCUAAGUAAAGAAAAAGCCAGAAGUGACUCCCACUGCUUCUGUUGAUCAGCCAUAGGGCUUCCAUGGGUAGAAACUUGCAAGGGAGUUUGUAUUAGGCCUGGUCAUGGAGAGAUGAUGUACCAUCAAGGUAGACCCGUCUUCCUGAUGCACAUUUGCUGUGCGAGCCAGAGUACAGUCAUAGCACGGUAUUCGCAUUUCGUUUGUGCUGUCUUACCGAGACAACAAUCUAUACUGUUUUGGCAAGUUUGCAUUUUAGUAUUAAUGUACAACUAGGAAUUGUCCAAACAUCUGUUUACAGGUUGUAAAAAUCAACUUUGGUAUCAGUG